AUGGCGUCUUUCCCUCCGAAUAGAGGGGAGGAGGGCGAUGAGAAGCCGAAGCCGACGGAGAGCCAGGACGACGGCUACGAGACGAGCAACAGCGGCGAGGCGGCGCGGCGCAAGGCGUCGAGCGCGGAGGGCUCGCCGGCCGCGCCCCGCUCGCCGCCGCCGGAGCCCGCCUACGAGCCCCUGCUCGCCCGCUUCCCCGAGGCGCCCCCCUACCGCUACGAGCCGCCGCCGCCCCAGCCGCAACCGGAGCCGGAGCCCUACCAGCACUUCCCCUUCCCCAAGUACCCGGAGCCCUACGGCUACAAGCGCGAGCCCGAGGCGCCGUACGACAUGAGCCAGCAGCACGCGCUGCACUACGCCGCCGCGCACAAGCGCGACGAGACGCGUACAACGGCGUCAAGCGCGAGUGCGAGGACCCCUACUCGUUCGUGGAGGAGGAGGCGAUGUGCGCGAUGCUCGGCCAGCCGCCGCCCCACCUCACCGCGCACGACCACCCCCACGCACACAUGCACCCGCACGCGCAUCCGCACGCGCACGCCCACCAGCUCAUGCUCAGCCAGCCCAAGAAGCGGGGCCGCAAAAAGAAGAUCAAAGACGAGAAUGGAAAACGCCACGCACGCUACACUGCUCACCUUCGACCAUCACGAUUGUGAAGAGCGCGGGGGCAGAAAGAGCCGCGCACAGCCAUUAUGU